UUAGGUUAUGAAAUGAUUAAAAAGUAAUAGAAAAUUUAAUAAGUGUAUAUGAAGAACAUAAAUAAACAAUAUGAGUGUCAUAAUUAAAUCAUAAUAAAUAACAUUGAGAUAGAUAAUGAGUUAGAAAGGUUGUGGUUAAGAAGUUUAUACUACACACAGGCAGUGAUGUUAAAAUAGUGAGAUUAAAAUUAUACAAAAAGGAUCAAAGUUAUAAAUAUUAUUCAAAAUGAGUAACAAUAUACAAUUAUACGGUUAAAUCAAUAACUAGUGAUUAAAUUAUGACAACAUCAUGUUCCAAAUAGGGAAGACUCAGAUAACAAUUAUAGUUAAAAAGUAUUAUUAAUAAUUAAUUACAUUUUAUUCUAACAUAAUUUAAAAAAUAAAAUAUAUAAAAUAGAUUAAUGGAAAAUAUAUUUAUUUGUCGGGAAUAUAAUUAGGUUUUGUUAUAUUUCUCACAAUAAAUUUCUUCUAUGCCUCGAGUUCGGACUUUAAACACUAAACCUCCCCCGGAAGGAUGGGAAUUAAUUUCCGAAACUUUGGAAUCUCUCGAUGAUAAGAUGAAACAGGCCCAGCUUGAAUCCGGAGAGGGAAAACGUAGAACUGAAAUCCUGUGGCCCAUUUUUAGGAUACAUCAUCAAAGAUCUAGAUAUAUUUAUGAUAUGUUUUAUCAAAAAAAACUCAUUUCAAGAGAAUUGUAUGAUUAUUGUGUUAGAGAGGGCUACGCCGAUGCAAAUUUGAUUUCCAAGUGGCGUAAGCAGGGUUACGAGUACCUUUGUUGCCUCCGUUGUAUCCAGACUUCCGGCCAAAACUUCGAGACCACCUGCAUUUGCCGGGUCCCUAAGCGAGACCUUGAGCCUGGAAAGGUCAUUGAAUGUGUUCUUUGUGGUUGUCGAGGCUGUGCUAGCUGUGAUUUUUAAUUUAAUACCACUUAGUAUGCUGAUCCCACUUAACACUUGACGUUUUGAUACCAGUAAUAUAUUCAAGUAUA